CAGGACAGGUCUUGACCUUGCGUUUGCUGAUUUGCAAAGUUACAAAUAUCUGUGCCUGUGGAUACCAACUGUCGGUUAUAGGCUGUGUAACAUUUACGUGAUUAUAACGAAUUUCAACAUUGAAGAUUUGGUGGCAAAGUGUCUGGAUUUAUUGAUUGGUCUGGAUGUUGGGACUACGCAUACUGUCCUGUAGGUCACUGAAGCAGCCAUAACUAGUCAGCCUUCUCUUCUCCUGUACACAAGUAACACCAACACGAGCCAAUGUUCAAGUAUAGAAGGAAAUGAAACUACACACUGACUCAAGAGGAUACCAACAGAACCCCAUGAAAACAAUAUCUGACAUAACAAACAUGACUAACAGACUUAACACAGAUGGUUCUAUGGAUAAGGUCAGAAAGUUGCUGCAAAGUCCCGGGUCAAGGAGGAAAAUCAUACCAAAUGCCCGGAAAACAUUUGGAGUUCCCCUGGAUGAGCUUGUCCAGCAAGCUCCCACGGGAUCCACUGUGCCAUUCUUGGUGACCCGAUUGUGUGAGCACAUCCAGAGCAAAGGCUUCGAUCAUGAGGGUAUUUUCCGCAUCAAUGGAAGUGCCCGUAUCGUGGAGAAGCUUCGCGCAAGUUUUGAUACUCAUGGAAACGCUGACCUGGAGGAGGACAAUGACAUCAUGGCCAUCGCAGGCCUGCUGAAGCUGUUCCUCCGCGAGUUCCCAGACCCUGUUAUACCCUCCUCACUUACCAAGCAGUUUGUCAGCAUACAGGAAGCUUGUAUGAACGACACCUCUGCCUGCAUCUACAAAUUGAAGAUGGCCGUCAUAAACUUGCCCAAGGACAACUACAAUCUUCUGAAGUACCUGACGAGUUUCCUGGUGGUGGUGGCCUCCCACGAGAGACAAAACAAGAUGAGUCCCAUGGCCUUGGCCAUUGUGUUCGGGCCUAAUCUAUUCAAGUGUGGAAUGGGUGUGGUCGGUUUGAAAGACCAAGGCACGGUCAACCAGAUUGUUUACAAAUUUAUCUUCCAUUACAAUGCCAUAUUUAAGCUGGAGCAUGAGAACUCACCGGAGGAAUUCUGGCUGCAAAGAAGAAAACAGAAAACUCCCCCUCCACGCCCACCCCCUCCCAAGCUUCAGGUCGUGGACGUAGAGGCGCGACCCGUGGCCACUCCCAGGAAGUCAAAACUGGACUAUGACAGUACCCAGUACCAGGACAACGACGACUGGGACCACAGUGAGGGCUCAUCCUCAACCAACCUCAGGCCCGUAAGCCCACGCUUCAGCGACGACGAACUGGUGGCCGGACGUGCAUCACCUUUCAUCCUGGACAGUGAUGGUGGAUACAGUAUGAUUGAAUCCCCUAUUCCCUCAGCCAGGACAUCAGAGACGGUAGAAAAGGUGAUCACACAGACCAUCACAGACACACUGUUUGGUGACGAGGACCGAUCAUUUGUUCGGGACAGUCUGGAAUUCCAGCGGGAGGCAAACACAGAGGAAGAUACAGCGACGGACACGUCUAUUGGCCAGACAGGGGGUGUAGGAAUGGACACCCAGGAGGACUCGAGCGGUAACAGUAGGAUGGAUGACGAUGUCGUUCCCGCUGUCCGGGACAGGAUCAAACAGUUUGAGGACAGACCAUCGGAGGGUUCCGCUACAACCAAGGUCGGCAAACAGAGGCCCAGCUCUUCUGCUUUUAGCUUCUUUGAAGGGAAGGGGAUCAUCAUCACACAGCAGAAACCCAAUUAUACUGGUAAUGAAGAAGCUGGAGAUGGAAAAGAAAACAGUGACACAGCAAUGAGGGGCACUCAGGACAAAGAAGAUGACUUUGAAACUGUGAGCAGAAGAAACUCGGGAACAUUAUCAAGCUUUAAGAGGCCUGCUGGACCUGCAAACAGACGCUCACCGACCCGAAAGCACCGUGCCAGCUUGGAGGAAGUGAACUUUGACGAGGAUGUUGAUCAGCUGCUACAGGACACUGGAGCUAAAAUGGUGAUUGAGACCAUCCCAGACAACUCCACUCAGAAUGCUGCGGCCUACACACAGGAGGCGGCCCUGAUCAACGGGGGCAUUCCCAAACCUCGUGUAGCCUUCCUGGAACUGGCAGCAACGGAGAUUCGGCGCAAUGGUGGCUCUCCCAACAGAUCUCCCAACGACUCUCCAUCCAGCAGCAGGAAGCCAUUCAUUCCUCCGCUCGACCUGUCCACACUCCACCAACAUGUUGACAGCUCUGAUGCUAUCCUGGCCAAUAAGGCACAGUCAGUGUCGUACCUGCGUGCCGACUCACAGCUCAAUGGUGAUGACAUCAUCGACACCCAGGCCGUCAUCUCUCCGCGCUCAGGCAAACUCAACAAACGCAAGUCAGAUGUGCCUGACAAUCAUUACGCCGACCUGGAAGCCCAGCUUUCUCCGAGCGCUUGUCAAACUGGUCUUUCCACGAGUAUUGCUAACACGGACAUUCCACCGUCACCUCCUGUUGGCCAGGACCAGUACAAAAAACACAGUACUGGCAGUGCAGAUGAUGAAUACACAGUCAAACUUAGAAUGUACACCAAGAAGAUCCAAGGUCUGAAAAAGAAAAUUCGGCAUUAUGAGGAGACGUUUGAAAGAGAUAAUGGCUUCAAGCCAUCCCACGUUGACAAAACGAACAAACCAGAGGUGAAGAGAUGGAUGGGCGACAUCACAAAGGCCAAGAAAGAGAUCAAAAAGCUGAAGGAGGAGGCGGAGAUGGGCAGUAGGAGUCGACACGGGAGCGGUACAUCGUCUAGUGGUGAGAGAGGCGAGCCCCCAGACCUUCCUCCCACCAUGGAGCAGACUCUUCUGGUCAUCCUACAGAAAUUGGAAGAAAAACGCAAAGAUAUCCGGCGACCAGAGGAUGUCAAUAUUAUGAGCCGAGAACAAGUACAGGAUGAGAAGCUGUCGGUGCAGAAAGCUUUAUUACACUUUGAAAGUAUUCACGGCCGACCUCGAACAAAAGAUGAUAAAGACCUGAUGCGGCCACUGUAUGAUAGAUACAGGACCAUAAAACGUCUACUCAUAAAACCGUCUUCGCCCAGGGAUAAGGGUGAGCUGCAGACUGUGCCGGAGGACCAACCAUUUGAACUCGACCCUGCUGAUGCCCGAUCUUCCAAGUUUAUAAAUCCUGUCCAUGUGCCGACGGCCGACAAUGACGAGGACGAGGAAGGUGGCGGCCUAGAGGUACUAGGUACCAUGGACUUCGCUGUCACUCGUGAUUUCUCCAUCCUAAGGGAUCCAUUACGACCGACAAACAACGCUAAUGAGAAAAGAAACGGACAUUCCCCAAAAGUGAAAAGAAAACUCGACCUCUCGGACGAAGAUAUCAUUUCUAAAAGUGCAGAAUCAAAUCUUCAUGAAAUGUCUGUCCCAGAACUUCAAGACGAGCUGCUUUGGUCCCGAGGGGAGAAAAAACGAUUAAGAAGAUUACUCAGGAAUUUUGAAGAGGAAUUUUUAAAGAAAAAUGACAGAAAAGUCCAGAGGGAGGACAGAAUUCCCUUGCAAUCAGAAUAUCAAGGUUACAAGCAAACAAAGGCCAGAUUAAAGUUAUUGGAAGCACUGAUAUCUAAAUAUCAACAGUCAUCAGAUGCGUAGUUUUUAGUGUUAUCUCCCUUGUUCAUGUGAUAAAACAUUGUAGUGCGUAUUCCACAUGUUGCUGACACGACUGUUUCCUCUGAACUGGUGGACUAGUACUAAACCUAACACAGCUGCUGUCUCUGGACUUGUACAGACUUGUUAACAGAUGUGUAGGUUUUGGAGUUAUCUCCCUUGUUCAUGUUAU